AUGAAGUUCCUCUCUUCGGUUAUUGUUGUUUCUUUUUUAUGCGGUGUUCAACAAUUCGCACCGAUUUUAUGCGAUGGUACUUACAACGACUCCAUGAUCAACAGCUCUGCAAACGGUGGCCAGGAUGACGAUUGUGGCAUAGGUUGCACUAUUAGCAAUUUGUUCAAUUCAAUAUUUGGAAGUUCUGCGUAUGAUUAUUAUUAUUAUUACGGUGAAAACCAAACUGGAAAUGGAUCCGAUUAUUACGAUGAUUACUAUUACUACAACAGCGGCCCUGUUGUUGAGGAAGAAAUUAUUAUUAUACCGGUGACUCCGUCCGGAUCGGGGCUAUCGUACGGCGAUUACAAUUACACCUCUUAUAGCGGAUCCAGCGGUGAAGGAAAUAUGAGCCUGUCUGGAUGGAGUGGAAUUGGUAUUCCUUUCCCGCCCUUCUCACUCCCUGCAACAAACACAUCUUCGACAUCUGGUAGUGGAACUAGCUCGGGCAGUUAUUCCGGCUCAAGCUGGUCAGGAACUAGUGGAUCGGGGUCUACUUGGGGAAGUGGAUCCGGCUCAGGGUCAGGUACAAGUUCUUCAGGAGCUGCAACAUCCUCCACUUCAGCUCCUUCAACCAGCGCACCUGCAUCCAACACUACUGCUUCAGGCAUCGUUUCACCUACAGCAACUGCUACAAAUGCUACUGCAGCCGUUCCAGUUCCAUUAUCCCAAACUUCUAUGAAUGGUCUUUUGUAA